AUGAGCCUUCCCCUUUCAAUUAACACAUAUAUAAAUAAUGUUGCACAUUUUGCAAUUAAACAAACAAAAUUGUUUAUCAUCGCAAUUAACAUUAUACACACCCUAAUAUUGGUAGCUGGAUGUGUCAAAAGUAAAGAUGCUUCCGAACCAUUUAUCCUUGAUGUAGAUGAUAAUCCAAUAAUCUCAGGCCUCUUUCAUUCCUCUGAUAAGAUACCCAGACAAAUUUUUGAUAAAUUAGAGGGGGAAAUAUUGAAGGAUGAAUUGGAAUACUGUACAGAUGGUAUCAGUGUGUGUCCAGAUAAUUGGGAAUUUAUUAAUUCCACGGGAAUGUGUAGAGCACCUAUUGAUUAUAAUGGAUUCUGUGAUAAAUUAAUGGACUUCUCAUCAUUCACCGAUGAAGCUAAAAUUGAUUGGGCUUCCUCUUGUGAUGUUCAUUGGAAAAGUUGUAGUGAGUCGAGAAAGGAUAGUAAACAAGUGCAAAAGGAAGAUUGGAUAACGACUUGUAAAAGUGGCUAUAAUUUGUCUCUGUGCCCAUACGGAUUUAAAUUUGAUGGAGUCUCACAUUGUAUACCAGUUUACGGAGUUUAUCAAGGGCCCUGUCUGGUAAAUAUUGAUUUUUCGACAUUUUCUGAAGGAGAUAAAAUUGAAUGGAGUAAAUCGUGUAAAGCAUACUGGCCUUGCAACGAUGGAAAAUUUGAAACUUUCACUGAAUGUCCUAUAAAUUGGGAAAUUUAUUCUGGCUAUUGUAUGCCGCCUAAGAAUUACAAAGGCCCAUGUAACUCUAAAAAUAAAUUCACCUAUUACACACCAGAAAUGAAGAAAGACUUUUGUGUUAAGUGUCAAAUCUAUUGUGCAAAUGAGGACUCUGCAUCUGUAGAUACUAGUGAUCAACAACAUAAUCUAAAUUGGAAUAAACCGUGUCCUGAAGGGUGGAUGGAAGUAAAUAGGGGCGAUGAGAUUUGGUGUAACCCUGGGAGUGAGGUUAGAAAAUGCCACGGGGAGGUGACAUUUAAAUCGGAAACUGCUAAGCGCGCAUGGGCUUCUUAUUGCGAUCAACCAUGGGAGUCUAUAAAUAAGGAUAAAUACGACGAUAAAGUCCAAUUGUUAAUUAGGGGGUUUUCUGGGCCGCUAUAA